AGCUGCUCAGACGCCGCGACUGACGCGUACAGCCUCGCCACGAUCCCGCGGACACACGCAAUCGCGACUCCACGCACCCAAUCGCUAAUUCACUGGCAACACCAGAAGACACUCUGUGUUUUGAACCUCUGCAAGCAAGUAUCAGUAUGCUGGUGAAGACGGCGGUGCAGGUGGCGAUGCUAGCGGCGGCGGUGCUCUGCGGGGCGCGGACCGAAGCCGCCACCUCCUCCUUUAAGCUCUGCGGACGCGAGCUCGGAGAGAUCAUGAAGCGCGUCUGCCGUGUCUACAAUAGCCCCCAAUGGGACGUUCCUACAGUGGUAGAGCAGCCAGCGACUGUGGUGAGGCGGAAAAGAGGCAUCGCGGACGAGUGCUGUACCGACGGAGGAUGUACCUGGGAGCAACUCAGCGAGUACUGCUCAGUUAGUGCCAAUUCUGACGUCCUGCUGGAGGACACGCACAUGAUAGCGGACCGGUCGGCGGAGGUGGAGAGCGGCGCGGUGGUGGCGGCGCCGGCGGUGGUGUCCGAGCCGCGCGCGGAGCCCGACGCGGGCAAGGCAGCGAGCGCACGGCGAGAGGUGGGGCGGCGGAGUAGCGGGUACGGGCGCGCAAGAGGCCGCCGCUGCUGGUGUCGGCGCAGGCGGCGCCAAAGCCGACGGCGGGCCUCCCUCAUGGGACAUGGUAAGAAGUGCAGCGCGCGCUGCGCCCGUGGUCGGCACCGUGUCGCCGCUACUCACGUGGGGCCGCACGCUCAACACUGACCUGCCGCAGAUCGACCGAGACCGGUACGCUUACGUCGCCGUCUAUUCCACAUAACACCGCCUGCCAUCAACCGGACUCAAAUCUGACAGGACACUCCACACUCUUGAUGAAAUGUCGUCGGUUCAACACACACGUUUAGCCGGCUCUAUAGCAAAGAGUCGUAGUAAGUUCUUUCAAGUGUUCAUUUAAAUAAUGUAGAUGUUUGGUAGAUAUUCUAUUUAAGCCCUUAAUUUAUGAUAGCGUAGUAAAACUCGACAAUAUUAUUACGAAGACUCGAUUAUUGUACUUGUGUAUCACUGAACAGUAAACUUGUUAAAAAGUAGAGAGUGACUGUGUUCGACUAUUAGUUGUGAUUAUUAUUUACUGUAGAAAUCUUAUAGAGAAAGAACACUUGAAAAUAUUGUAAAGUUCGUCAGUCCUUGCCUGAAGUAUUAUGUUCGUUUCGAGGUUUUGUCAAGUAUGUUAAUUAAGUAAGAAAUUUAUUUUUCAGCAUUCUUGUUUCGUAUUAAUUCCAGUGAUUACUUGGGAAAUAACUGAUUUUACGCGAAUUAGAAGGAUUCCCUAAAAUGGAGUUGUAAUUAGCCAUAUUAUUUAUAAGUUUAUAAAUAAAUAGUUGUAGAAUGUAAUCAUCCAUAAUAUCAUCGCAGCAUCAUACUAGCUCAUUUAAAAAUGGUCAAAUUAUGUCUAAGAUGUUUUUAUAAAUAAUCGCCUACUAUUUAAGAUAGGUAUAAAGAUCUCUAAAGCAUCUGUGAUAAAUCCAACUGAUAAACGUAACACAUUUAUUUAUGUUAUAUUUUAUUAGUAACACCAUGCCUAGUGUAACAUAUCUUGUCUUGUUAGUUUGUUUAUAAGUGUAGGUAAUCUCAUAGUUAACAAUGCGACUGACGAAGUGGGCGAAUUAAAUAAAUCUUCAUUUAUUUUA